CUCACCUUCCUCCGGCCAAUGACCGGGGCCUAGACUAGUAAUUAUUAAAGGAACUUUUAUUCGAUUUCGCUGUUUCUCUCUCUUGCACUAAUAAAAUGGAACAAGGGCUUGCUUUCGUUUCCACUCUUCGGGAAAAAAACUGAAACUUUCAAUCAGAGAACCGGAAACGAAAAUGUCCCAUCACGGUGGAUAUGGCGAUAAGGGACGCCCGCCGAAGAAGUACAAGGCUGCCGCCGCCAAGGAUGACGACGACGAUGGUUAUUACGGCAAUGAAGCUGGUGGGCGAGGGGAUGAUGAUUAUGGAGACGGUGAGAAAGAGGUGAAAAAGAGGGAUUUCACCAAAUUAGAGCUGAAGCCUGACCAUAUCAAUCGCCCACUUUGGGCUUGUGCGGAUGGUCGGAUAUUUCUCGAGACUUUCUCUCCAUUGUACAAACAAGCAUAUGAUUUCCUCAUUGCCAUUGCAGAGCCUGUUUGCAGGCCAGAGUCAAUGCACGAGUACAAUUUGACUCCGCAUUCAUUGUAUGCCGCGGUUUCUGUGGGUCUGGAGACUGAAACUAUAAUAGCCGUUCUAAAUAAGCUGUCCAAGACUAAACUGCCCAAGGAGAUGAUUGAUUUCAUACAUGAAUCUACUGCUAAUUAUGGCAAAGUGAAGCUUGUUCUUAAGAAGAAUAAAUACUUCAUCGAGUCUCCAUUUCCAGAGGUGCUAAAGAAGUUGCUCAAAGAUGAAGUCAUAGGUCGAGCCAGGAUUCAGUCUGAGAAUGAGCAUGGACAUGAUGGAUUCACAAAAAGCAAGACUGCAGGAGAAAUUGGCGGCAGUCAUGAUGGGUUGUUGAAUGAAGCAGAAUUGGCUGCUGCUGCUGAAGAUAAAGAAACUCACUCUUUCCAGAUUGACCCCUCUCAGGUAGAAAAUGUAAAGCAACGGUGCUUGCCUAAUGCUCUGAAUUAUCCGAUGUUGGAGGAAUAUGAUUUCAGAAAUGAUCCUGUAAAUCCAGACAUCAACAUGGAAUUGAAGCCUCAUGCACAACCACGUCCGUACCAGGAGAAGAGCCUCAGUAAAAUGUUUGGAAAUGGUAGAGCAAGAUCAGGCAUCAUUGUGUUACCUUGUGGUGCUGGAAAGUCUCUAGUUGGUGUAUCGGCUGCAUCCCGGAUUAGAAAAAGUUGCCUUUGUUUAGCAACAAAUGCUGUCUCAGUUGAUCAGUGGCACUUCCAGUUUAGGCUAUGGUCAACAAUCCCGGAUGAGCAAAUUUGUCGUUUCACUUCUGACAGUAAGGAGAGGCUCCAGGGUAAUGCUGGAGUUGUUGUGACAACCUAUAACAUGGUUGCAUUUGGGGGUAAAAGAUCAGAAGAAUCUGAAAAGAUUAUUGAAGAAAUAAGGAAUAGGGAAUGGGGGCUUCUUUUGAUGGACGAGGUCCAUGUGGUUCCUGCACACAUGUUCCGUAAAGUUAUCAGUUUGACUAAAUCUCACUGCAAACUUGGGCUUACUGCAACACUUGUCAGAGAGGAUGAAAGGAUCACAGAUCUGAACUUCCUCAUUGGUCCUAAACUGUAUGAAGCCAACUGGUUGGAUCUUGUGAAAGGUGGAUUUAUUGCAAAUGUCCAAUGUGCUGAAGUAUGGUGCCCGAUGACAAAGGAAUUCUUUGCAGAAUAUCUGAGGAGGGAAAACUCAAAGAGGAAGCAGGCGCUGUAUGUGAUGAACCCUAACAAGUUCAGAGCAUGUGAAUUUCUGAUACGGUUCCAUGAACAACAGCGUGGCGAUAAGAUAAUUGUGUUUGCUGAUAACCUUUUUGCUCUUGUUGAGUAUGCAAUGAAGCUACGUAAACCUAUGAUCUAUGGUGCUACUAGCCAUGCUGAGAGAACAAAGAUUCUCCAGGCCUUCAAGACUAGCAAAGAUGUGAAUACGAUAUUUUUGUCGAAGGUUGGUGAUAAUUCUAUAGAUAUUCCUGAGGCCAAUGUGAUUAUUCAGAUCUCAUCACACGCUGGUUCAAGACGGCAAGAAGCUCAACGGCUGGGUCGUAUUCUUAGGGCAAAAGGAAAACUUGAAGAUAGGAUGGCAGGAGGGAAGGAAGAGUACAAUGCAUUCUUUUACUCUCUUGUAUCUACGGAUACACAGGAGAUGUAUUACUCAACCAAACGGCAACAGUUCCUAAUCGAUCAGGGUUACAGUUUCAAGGUUAUAACAAGCUUGCCUCCACCUGAUUCAGGAGCUGAGUUGAGCUACCACAGCCAGGAUGAGCAAUUGGCUCUUCUGAGAAAGGUUUUGACUGCUAAAGAUGACAUGGUGGGUUUAGAGCAGCUGGAAGAAGAUGCUGAUGAUAUUGCUCUUCAUAAGGCACGCAGGUUUGCAGGAUCAAUGAGUCACAUGUCUGGUGCUAAUGGAAUGGUUUACAUGGAGUAUAGUACUGGACGAAAACUUCCACCAGGUUCGAAGCCCAAGCCAAAAGAUCCAAACAAGCGCCAUAACCUGUUCAGAAAGCGUUAUGGCUGAGAUGAGAAAUCAAAACUUUCACUUUCAGCUCAGUUCAUUUUGACAACCCAGAUGAGUGAAAGUUCAUUGUGGUUAUCUUGCACUACCGCUCGCGCUGAAUGUUCUUAAACAGAGUUGUAAAAGUCGAGUGAUAUUGAGCAUUAUGAAGUGGUGUGAUGAAAGAAAGUUUCAUGUCUCAUUGCAGAGGGCUGAAAGUCGAGAAACAAUUCAUAUGCUGCGUCUCUGGCUGCGAGGAAAUGAUGUUAGAAUAGCACCCCCCACUAAAAGAUGAGAUACAUGUAUCUUUAGUAGCCAGAAUAAACCAGUGUUCAAGAAGAUGCGAUUAAUCUCUCGCCUAGGCGCGAUUAAUAGCUGGGCAAGAGGAAAUCGCCCCGUCUACCCCUGGGCGAUUGAUCUAGGCACCUAGGCAUUCGGAGGCGAGUUAUCACUCUGGUGGGCGACGCCCAGAACAACUAAUAAAGGGGGAAAGGAAAGUGUAGCUUUUUUGUGAAAUCCCAAUUCCUAUUCUAUUUCUCAUUUUCAUUCGACCAGCCGAUCCCACUCAUUGAUCAGCAGCGAGAUACCUCCUCAUGAUUGGCGACUUGAGAUGUUUGGGAUAAUUGAGAUACCUCCUCAUGGUUGGCGACUUGGGAUGUUUGGGAUAAUGGAAAAGGGUUGUAUGUGUAUAUGAAUGGAUGAAUAAUGAUAUGGCAACUUCGGUUUUGUGGAAUAUGACUUAUCUAUCAUAUUUUUUUAACGUUUAAUUUCGCCUAGGCAGCGACUAAUCGGCCUGGGUUGGGCGGUGUCUCCUCGCCUAGAUAGCGCCUAGUGUCUUCUUGAACAUUGGAAUAAACUGGGAAUGUUGUU